AAACUUGUCCUUUUUAUCAGUUCUUUUCUCAUCCUUGAGAGAAAGCAAGGAAGAAAAGGAGAGAAAAAGGGCAGCGCUUUGAGAGCGGAGAAGCCAUCUCGAUCGGGAACCAUGUCUUCUCCGAGCAAGCGCCGUGAGAUGGACCUCAUGAAACUGAUGAUGAGUGACUAUAAGGUGGAGAUGAUCAACGAUGGGAUGCAGGAGUUCUAUGUGGACUUUCAUGGCCCAAAUGAGAGUUUGUAUCAAGGGGGUGUGUGGAGGAUUAGAGUGGAACUACCUGAUGCUUAUCCUUACAAAUCUCCAUCAAUUGGCUUUGUUAAUAAGAUAUAUCAUCCAAAUGUUGAUGAAAUGUCUGGUUCUGUAUGCUUGGAUGUCAUUAAUCAGACUUGGAGCCCUAUGUUUGAUCUUGUGAAUGUGUUUGAAGUGUUCCUACCGCAAUUGCUUCUGUAUCCUAAUCCUUCAGAUCCAUUGAAUGGAGAAGCUGCAGCCCUGAUGAUGCGUGAUAGACCUGCUUAUGAACAAAGAGUCAAAGAAUACUGUGAAAAGUAUGCAAAAGCCGAAGAUGUUGGAGCUCCGUCAGAAGAGAAAUCCAGUGACGAAGAACUAAGUGAUGAUGAAUAUGAUUCCAGUGAUGAGGCUGUCGUAGGCAAACCGGAUCCUUAGCUGUCAUCAUUGCUCACUGCCGUCUCUGGUCCUGUAUAUUGUAAUCCAGUUUCAGGCAAAAUCUGGAACCAAAAUUUCUAAUGUAUCACCAUCCUGAAACCCUGUAGAAAACUCUGUGCUUUGCUUCAUGCCAUUGUAUGCAUGUACUGUGAUGUGAUUGAUAUUGCAUUGCAGAAACCAUGGGCUUAUAUGUUCUUACAUGUGCUUCUGUUGUUGCACUGUGACUUAGGAUCA